AGUCCUCACCUCAUUAUCUUCGGUCAGGUCAAACGGUUAGCGUCGACACUUUAUCACUUGGCAAAAUGAAAUUUGCGAUUGCUAUCUUUGCGCUGUACACGGCGGUGGUGGCGGCGUCGCCCGCGCGCUCCAAACGCCACUACGAACCAGGUCUACUGCAGUCUACCUCUCUUCAGAGCAGCUCGCUGCAGCAGACGCAGUAUGAAUCCACGUCACUAGAACAAAAGACCUACCAGCCACAGCAUCAACAAUACAAUGUACAGCCUACUCCCACGUGGCAAGCGCCUCCUGUGAUACCCCUGAACCAGAAUAAAGUAUACUCGAGACCCCAAUACGCGGUUCAAGAGCCAAUUUACACCGAGCAGUUGCCUGCAGUACAAAACAUUCAAUAUACACAACAAUACAGACCUAUCCAGCUAUACAAUUCAGAGCAACAGUACAGUCCCAUUCAACAAUACACUUCCAGUAAUCAGUACAGUUCGCCACAACAGUACACCCCCACUCGGCAGUACUCCUCUGUUCAACAAUACACUCCCACACACCAGUACACCCCUGUCCAACAGCACACUCCCAUACGGCAGUACACACAUGUUCAACAAUACGCUCCCACACAGCAGUACACACCUGUCCAACAGCCCAUUCAGCUGUACAGGCCCGUCCAAGAAUACAGACAGGUGCAGCCCAUCCAGAGUUAUGUUCCUCACAAUUAUGGAAGCUACCAACGUGUGGAGCCCUGGUGCUAAAUCUUUUUAAGCCGAUAUUGUAUUUAGAUUGUAAUGAAAAUAAUGUACUACUAUAAUCGAAUGUAUAAGAAUGAAAAAUAAAUUAGAGUGUACCUCC